CCUCUGCUGCCCAAGCGCUAUGGUGCAGGGAUAACUGCGUCUUCAGUCAAACCAAAGCAGGCUCUACAAAGAGAAGGCUGACUCUAGACAGAAACCUUGUUGAAAUGGGACAUUUGGAAACGAUACUGUCAUAUGCCAGAGAAGAGGAGAUCUGUUUGAAUACUGAACCAUCCUCUGCACUGAUGAUCCCAAAUUCCUGGAUUUCUUCCACGACUAGCUUUUUGCAUCACAAAUGGAUUCGGUCUUGGAUGCUGUCUCACUAAUGGAAAAUGGACAGGUUCCUAAAACUUUCCAGUGGAAAUGGGUACACGCUGAAGUGGAUUGCAUUUCUCCGGAGAACUCCAGCAGGAUCGGCAACUUUGAACACUAGCUUUCAGUUUGCAUGCUUCUCUGCACUCUGGGAUUGAGCCUAGAUUUCUAUUACUGAGUUCUUUACAGAUUAUAUGUGGUCUCUACAAAAACAUUUGUUUUUGCAUGAGAGCAGGCCAGUAGAUCUAGAGGGAAAAGUAAAGUUAAAAUUGGUUCUCUUUCAUAACUGAUUUGUCUGACAGCCAGUCAGAAACUUAUUCCCAACCAUAUAUCCAUCCCCUUGAAGAAAUUUUUCUAACUUCUCUUCAGAUUUACAGGAGUAUAGCAUUUGAGCUUAGUAAUAGAAUGCACAGAAAAGUAGUUACUGUAGAAUUGAAGAGAAUAGAACAGAGAGGCAUUCUGCAGGGGGUUGCAAUUGUUCCCUUAUUGUGUAUUUCAGGAAUUACAUGAAUGACAGUCUACGAACAGAUGUCUUUGUAAGAUUCCAGCCAGAAAGUAUUGCUUGUGCCUGUAUCUACCUUGCAGCUAGAACAUUGGAGAUCCCACUUCCUAAUCGUCCUCACUGGUUUCUGCUGUUUGGAGCAACAGAGGAGGAAAUUCAAGGGAUUUGUAUAAAAAUCCUGCAGCUAUAUACUCGGAAAAAGGUUGACUUGUCUUAUCUGGAAAGCAAAGUAGAAAAGAAGAAACUAGCCAUUGAAGAGGCAAAAGCACUAGCUAAAGGUCUUCUACCCGACAAGACUCCCAAUUUGGAGAACACGUCAGGGUUUUCCCCUGUUCCUAAAAAUGAAUCUCCAAAAGAAGGUAAAGGAAAUAAACCUUCCCCACUUGCUGUGCAGGCGAUGAAGAAUGCCAAAAGAAAAAUGGAUGGAACAAAAAGAAUGAAUUCCAACAGCCCAGUGAAUGGCAUUCAGAAAGAAAGGGAGAGCAGAAGUGGAAGCAGAAGUCGAGAGCAGAGUUAUUCAAGAUCACCAUCUAGAUCAGCAUCUCCUAAGCGCAGAAAAAGUGAAAGCUACUCAACAUCGAGUGGUUCCAAAUCCCACAGCCGCUCCAGGAGUCGCAGUGAUUCUCCCCCAAGACAGUUCAACCAUAGUGCUAGUUACAAAGGCUCUAAAAUGAGGAGUUACAAAAAGUCAAAGGACUACAAAUAUUCGACACACAAGCCAAGGAAGUCCCGCAGCAGGAGCUCCUCACGUUCCCGGAGCCACUCACGAGAGCGUUCUGAUCAUUCUGGGAAGUACAAGAAGAAAAGUCACUACUAUAGAGAGAGACAUGAGCGUUCCCACUCCUAUGAGCGUACGGGUCAUCGUUAUGACAGAGACCACCCUGGCCACAGCAGGCAUAGGAGAUGAGCGCUACAACGGGUUCUCUUCUGUCCUUUGGGAUUCAGAGUGGAGCCCGGUUUCCCCCAUUUUCCCCUUGCAGCAUAGGGUUAGCCUGGGUCUAAACCACUUAGCAUCAGUAAUCUUUUCUAACCCUGUGCUUGUUAGCGUGAAUCCAAAUACAAGGACACUGAACAGACAUGUUGAUGUGGGAGACUUGAUCUGGUAGAUGGCUUAAUUGUUCUGCUGCUGGAGCGUCUCUUAGAAACACCGAAGAGCCUCUCUUGUGGUGGCUGCUCCUAUGCCUGCUCUUUGGUAAUAGGUAAAUUUGCAUACUGUAGUGCAAUGGUGUUAGUCUAUUUCGGGACUCGGAGUACUGAGAGCACGAAUUUCCUGGCUCAGCGAUUAGCGAACCCUGCUGAACUAGUCCUUCCUGAUGGAACGAGAAGAAAGCUCAAAACGUUUCAUGAAAACCAUUAGUGGCUUGGUGCUAACAAAGCUGUCGUUUCAUACUGACUCAAUUAUGUUGUACAAAUGUAAGGUGAUAUUUCUAGAACUGAUGCCUAUAUUAGGUUACACUUGUGUAUAUAUUUUGCAGUGUUUAACAAUACAAUAUGGGAAUAUGGCCUUAUUAGCCCUUCUACUUUCUCCACCGUGUAAAUAAGCAUUUGUUUAAUACAAGUGAAAGCUAUAUACUGAAAAGUCAAAACUUGAAUUCUAUCAAUUUAAGAUUUGUGUAGAGAAUUCUGAUAAAUGUGAAAGUAUUUA